AUGUCCUGCAUUUCACCUGCCGCCGGUGACCGUCCAACCAUGACCGGGCGACCGAAACUCACUCUACAAACCUCUGCUCUCCCACGGACCUUUGGCACUUCAACAACAGGCCUCUCCCGUCCCUUCACAGCCGCCGCAGGCACAUCUCCUACAGUUCGAAACACAUUCAAGAACGCCUACGAUGUUGUUGCAUCUCCCACCUCCGCAGCAACCUCACCCUCCAAGGGCCCCAGCCACCGCUUUCCCACCGACAAACCCAUAUCUCCUUAUGUGCACCACCCCUCCAAUAAUAAUACCUUCAACCACCGCAGUGCCUACCAACUACCUCUAGGAGUGCGCAGUAUCUUGCGCAACUCCCCCCUCGACACAGUCUCACACCGACGCUCCGGCUCCAUAUCCGCGGGGACAAGUGGGCCUGCGAGCGCAGGAACUCGCCGUGUCUUCUUCCCAGCCAAGAAACAAGUGAGCUACCGCGUACCACUCGAAGAGGAGAUCCGCACUACAAACUACACUGCAUCACACCUGGACCUCGUAUUAGAAACAGAAGAAGACGAAAAGCAGAAGGAAAUCCAAAAACAGACAGAGGCCGUGGCUGCGCCCCACCAGGCAGACCGGGGGCCAGAAGAACCAAAAGUCGACUCCACCGACGAGUCAGAUUCUAGCCAAACCUCGUCAGCAUCAAGUACGUCGGAUGAAGCCAGUGCAGACGAAGGCGUAACGAAAUCUACACUGUCAAAGCUUGAACGCAAGAAACGACGAACAAUGCGAACAGAGCGGCAGGUACGGGCUGUUGCUCUUCUGGACGGCCUGGACACAGAUCAAUAUACUGGAUCGUCUACACCGCAGACUCCGCGGCAGGGUCGCGUUAAGCGCCGACGAGAAUGGACAUGGACUUUGGGGCCAAUUCACUCGAUCGGGAAUACAAGUCCUUCAAGUGCCUCUUCGGCGACAACUACUCCUGAAACACCUUGCAUUUCUUCGGCCUCCACUGUGGAUGAACCGAAGAUGGAGCUUCCUUCCUGUCAGCAGGAGCAAUAA